AUGGCACGCAACUUGCGAGCCAAAACUCCUGACAAUGACGAAAUUCUUGUGUAUGAUGUGAAUGCUACAGCUACACAGAGCUUUUUACAGGAGUCUCAGGGCACGCGUGUCCAGGCAGCUGUGAGUCCACGGGAAGUAGCUGAAAUGUCGGAUACCGUCAUCACUGUUCUGCCCGAGCCACAACAUGUCAAGUCCGUGUUCGAAAAGAUGUUGGCGUCAGCCCUUCCUGCACCCCCUACAACAACGUCACGCCUCUUUUUAGACUGCUCGACCAUUGAUCCCACAACUUCUCGAUUGGUCGCCUCCCUUGUCCAUGCGUCAACUUCGGAAUCCUCUGCUAUAUUUGUGGAUGCUCCUAUGUCAGGUGGUGUGGUUGGUGCAAGAGCAGGAUCCUUGACAUUUAUGGUUGGCUGUGAACCUGAUAUGCUCUCCAAGGUCGAGAAAGUUCUGCUCUUGAUGGGGAAGAAGGUAUGGCAUCUUGGUGCUCAAGGUGCUGGCUUGAGUGGAAAGCUCGCAAACAACUAUGCCUUAGCCAUCAACAAUAUCGCCGCGGCCGAAGCCAUGAAUCUGGGACUAAAGUGGGGUCUGGAUCCUAAGACUUUGGGAAACCUCAUCAACUCAUCUACAGGGCGUUCAUGGCCAAGUGAAGUAAACAAUCCCGUUCCCGGUGUGGUUGGGAGUGCUCCAGCGAGCCGAGAUUAUGAAGGCGGAUUCGGUGUCAGUCUGAUGAAGAAAGACCUUAAGCUGGCAAUCCGUGCAGCUCAGGAAGCAGAUGCACGCUUAGAGUUGGCCACAAAGGCAGAAGAGGUUUACGAGAAGGUCGAGCAAGAUUAUAUGGGAAAAGACUUCUCUGUUGUGUAUCGGUGGCUUGGCGGGAAAGAGUGA